AUGGAAGAAUUUCACAAUUUGCCCGAAGAAUAUAGAGAGAAUAUUGAACACAGUUUAAACCUUUUAACAAAUGGCAAUAUUUUAAUUUUCCAUAAACCCACUACUUUUUUUGAAAAGAGAUUUCGUCCCUAUGUCGUAAUAUGUUCUGUGGUGACUUACCUAGCUUCUUUGACCAUGUACUUGGGUAAGGUGUUUCGGGGAGAACUUCAGUUGACUGAAUUGUCUUAUGUUGUUAGUGUUUAUAUGGUCAGUGUUCAAGCUAUACUCAAAGCAGCGAUAGCGGCCCUUAACAAAGAGGAAAUACGGUCGAUAAUCCUAGAGCUAGGCCGCUUGUGGAGGACGCAGGAUCUCACCGAAGAACAGAUUAACAAGAAGAAUGCGCAACUGAAGAGACUAAAGUUUUGUUAUGCAGUUGUCUACUGGAUUAAUAUGAUUGGAUCCUGGCAAUAUAUACUAGCACCACUAUUGGAAACAGUUUUCCGUAAAUUUAUUUUACACGAGGAAUGCGGGUUGUUACUGCCAUUCUCUUGUAGUUUCCCAUUUGAUCCUUCUGGGAGCUGGGGAAGAUAUAUCGGUGUAUAUAUUUUUGAGACUUACAGCAUGUUUCGUAUCGUAUAUUUCUACCUGGGUGUGGAAUUCCUCAUGAUAUCGCUUUGUUCCAACUUAGCCACGGAAUUCACUCUGCUUCAAGAAGAUUUACAAAACGUCAAACCGGAGCAUAACAAUUUAGCUCUAAAGGCCAUCAUUGCUGAUCAUCAGAAGCUGAUAAGCUUAUCUCAACAACUGGACAAUGUUUUUGACAAAGUAAUUUUCGUCAAUUUGACUUCAGCUGCCGUUCCGUUGUGUUUCUUUGGAUUCAGUGCUAAGGUAGCCCAUGGUGUUCUACAGAUGGUGAACAAUUUCGCUGCAGUAAUUAGUUUGAUAUUGCCAUUAUUCAACAUGUGUUAUUUUGGAGAACAAAUACGAGAAGCAAGUGCUGGUAUUUCCGAUUCUGUCUACCACAAUCUAUGGUAUCGAGGUGAUGUUCGUUUCCAGAAAAUUCUGUGUUUUGUUCAAAGAAGAUCUCAAAAACCAUGUUGUAUGACGUCAUACAAGUUUUCUCCUAUUGCUUUAACUACCUUUACAACGGUACUGAGCACAACCUGGUCGUACUUCUCCUUGGCUUCAAGUUUGUAUGAAGGUGAAAAUUAA